AUUGACGGUUUGAACGACACUGUCGUCACUGUCAAAGUGAGCUGUUUCUGCGGUUUAUUUAUUAAAUUUGUUUUAAACUUCGUCUGAUAAUGUUACAUUUUAUUACGAUAAUACAACAUUUCUAUAAUCACAAAUGGAAGACACAGAGUCCGAAGAUGUGACCAGUACAUUAUCUCACGACGAUUUGCUAGAAGUAACAAAGUCGACUGUGUGCACUUUGCUUAGUUGUGAUCCUUUGCUUGCCGAUUUGCCAACUGAUAUUAUACUAGAAGAAAUCCUUGCUCAGAUUGCAGUUGAACAUGGGCAAUCUAUUACAAUUUACGUAUCACGGGAGGAUGAACCUACUUUGAAAGUUAUUGUCCCCCAGAAUGCUUCAGUAAGGGAUCUCAAAAAGGCUGUUGCAAGGCAUUUUGAAAUCUACCAACAAAGGACUGGCAGCAAAGUGAAAAUCUCCUGGAAAUACAUCUGGAAGACUUACAAUUUAUGCUUCGACUCCCUCGUGUUAGACAAUGAUAAUAGCACAAUUGAAGACUAUGGAGUUACAAAUAAAGUGACACUGACAUUCAAAAAGAGAAGAAAAAAAACAAAGAAAUUUUCAUAGUGUCAUAUAUUGUCUAAGUUUCAAAUAUAUGCUAUAAUAUAGAAUAUAGAUAUUUCACAUGA